AUGGCCAGCGCCCCGCGCACCCUUGCACGCGCCCGGGCGCGCGAGCCCGUGUCCCUGGAACCCCGUGCAUCGCCGCUGCUCCCCUCCUCGCGCUUGCUCGUGCCCCUCGCGCGCCCAUGGCCGCGCGCGCUUGCGCCGUCCGCAGCCGCCGCUGCCUUUCCCCAUCCCCGCUGCAGCUAUGCCUCCGCCUCCGCUACAGCGCCGCCGUCGCCCCUGCCACAGACCUCCGACGGCCACCCUCGCAUCGCCGCGGCCGCACCGCGCCCCGCCGUCGCUUGCCGCCGCCCGCGCCCUGUAGGGCACCCCGUUCCGCUCCCCUACUUCCGCGUCCGCCUGCUCCAACCGCCACCACCGCUCGCCCCACGCGCGCUGCCCCGCCUUUCCGGCGUUGCUGCUGCUUCGCCGCCGCCGGCCGGACUGGCCCCUCCCGCAUCGCUGGUCUCGCCCAAGGCCAGCGCCCGGAUCAGCGUCGCCGCCGGCCGACCUCCCGCGCCGGUUCGGGUCGUCUCCGACCGGAUCCGCCGACCCCCGCACCGGAUCUGCCAAUCCCCGACGCGGAUGCAGCCUCCCUCGGCUUCCUCCCCUUCGCCGGAGGGCCGUCCCGCCGUCCGACGGCGCCAGAACCCCGCCGCCAUGGCCCUACUCGGGGACGAGCAGCUGCUCGUCCCGCUCGCCCUCGCUCGUGUGGGCCCGGCCUCGCCCGCCAGCCCAGCUGCUUGCUUGACCGGCCUGCUUCCUUGCCUGGGCCUCAGCCCGCUCUGGUGA